UCUGAACACCCCUGACCUCCAGACCUGGUUCCUUGAAGACAAGACUGAGCUGGAUCUUCCCGGUGCUUUGGUAGAGAUGCUGAGGUGACUUUGAUAAGCAGAGGUGUUUUGGAUGAUGUAAAUGUGAACCUGCUGCUCAAAGGUGUUUUCAUAUCCUGUUUUGGUUGGUGGGGACUGAUUUGCUCACACUUAGCUCCCUCCACACAAAGGCUAUUCUGCUACUUUUUCAAUCAACUGUUUCCUUUUUUUUUUUUUUUCCCCCCCAGUUUUUCUGAGGCAAAGGUGCAAUGACAUUAGUUCUAUUAUGUUUUGGAAAUUCUACGUUUACCUUCAAAUCUGACUGACUGGCCACUGUUCCUAUAAAAAGCAAGGACUGAGCCAGCACCUCAUAAAAGGCACAGGAGGAAACUGCUCUGGUCCUGCCUCUGCUCUUGCAGCUGAUCUCUGUCUAGAAUGAACAUCUCCACACUCUGCCUCUUCAUCAUCCUGGUUGCUGCCCUCUUUUUUCAGGUCCUUCCUGGAUGGAUUUCCUGAUCUCUUCCUGUGGGGUCUGACACAACUUUGUGCUGUUUCAGCUACACCUCAUGAAAGCUGCCUCAGAGUCAUGUAUGAGAGUAUUUCUAUACCAGCAGCAAGUGCUCCCAGCCAGCAGCUGUGUUUGUGACCAGGAAGAAGCAGGAGGUUUGUGCUAACCCUGAUGCCAGAUGGGUAAAGGAAUACAUGAACAGCCUGGAGCUGCAGUAA